CCAGAGAGCUGCACAGUCAACUUUCUGCUGUGGCUUCAACUUCUACACUUCACUCGGCUGGAAGAGUCUGUGAUUCCUCUGCAGGGUGCUGAUAAAGGUCUUAUCACAUGUGUCCUGCAACAGUGGCAGAACUUUGACCAGGUGAGAAGUUUCACCCUCAGCCAUAGUUUCACCUCAGCCGCCCCACAUCGUCAAACACAACCAAUCAGACAGAACAACUUGUGUUUCUUUGGUCUUGGACAUUUAAUGAGAGGGUGAGGAAAGUCAUGCUAAAAGAUUUCUCAUCAUGAACCGAACCUGGGCUCUGUUCAAAGCUCACCCCUAUAUCAGUAAUGUCCUGGGCUACACGACUCUGUUUGCCUCAGCUGACGUGAUCCAGCAGAGCGUGCUGGGAGGGUCCACUGCAGAGGGUUCAACUGGCAUCAACUGGCGUCAGACGGCCCGAGUGGCGACUGUCGGUUUCUGUUUCCAUGCCAACUUCAACUACCACUGGCUGAGGUGGCUGGAGAGGAUGCUGCCAGGGGGCGGGGUGAAGGCGGUGACAGGGAAAGUUGUGGUGGAUCAGCUGGUCGCAGCUCCUCUCACCAUCAGUGCUUUUUAUAUUGGUUUAAGUUUACUAGAAAACAAAGAGGAUCCCCUUGAAGACUGGAGACAGAAAUUCUGGACAUCUUACAAGGCUGGAGUGAUAUAUUGGUCAACAAUGCAGGCAGUGAACUUCACUCUGGUUCCUCCUGUGGCGCGGACGGUGUUUCUUGGAGGCAUCGCACUGACUUUCACAAUCUUCCUGUGCCACCUCAGACAGCAGCACAGCCACAAACUGGAAUAAACCCAAGAUCCUCCGCUCCAUUGUGGAAGGUUUUUGUAAAAAAUAAUGAGAGUAGAUUUCAGAUGCAGAGUCAGUAUGUAUCAUUAGGAGGCUGCGGGGGAUUCCUCAGUCAGAUAAAUCUCUGUGAAUCAGCUGAUCAGUCCCCCCCUGUUGGUUUGUGACAGCUCUCUUUGUUUCAACCUCCCUAUUGUAUGUCAAUGUACAUAACACAAUAGUGUCUCAGUUAAAUCCUGAUGAUAAUCUUAUUGGUCAUUUCCUGUGAGGAUGUAGAGAACAGAAGAGCUAAUUAACUUUUUUUUUUUACCUGUCGACCCUGUUUCAGUCAUACUGGACUAAGAUUGUUGUUGUUGUCAUAUGUUUAAA